UUGCUCUUAAACCUGGUCCAUGCGCACCCUUAUCUCAUCUUCCUGCCGCAUACUCGACCCAAAGAGAUCCCCUCGCUCUCACACACCCAGUGAUGCUGGCCAUCUCCCCUGUCACACCCCGCCAAUGGCAUCCAUCCCCUCCCUCGCCGUCUCCGGCGCCGCCACCGCCGUCCCAGCCGUCGUCGCUGCCAAGCCCCUGCCCAGCUCCGCCGGCUUCGACAAGGGCGGUUCUUAUCAGAGGAGCACCCAAGCAGCGGAAAAUGGCAGAUUGGAGAGUGAGAGCCCCCCUCGUCCGCUAGACGCCCAGGAAGCAAUGAGCAUGCUGAAGGACGGCCGGACUGUGCAGUCGGCGAUGUACGUGCCCCUGCUGCACCGGUGCGUCGAGACCAGAGGCCUCGGCGCCGCCAGGGCCCUGCACGGCCACAUGGCGAAGACCGGAACCGUCGCGGACAUGUUCGUGGCGACGUCCCUGGUAAACGUGUACAUGAGGUGCGGGGCGAGCCGGGACGCGCGCAGCCUGUUCGACGAAAUGCCCGAGAAGAACGUGGUCACCUGGACGGCGCUGAUUACAGGAUAUACUCUGAACUCUGAAGCGGUGCUGGCGCUGGAGGUGUUCGUCGAGAUGCUCGAGCUUGGGAGGUACCCGUCGCAUUACACGCUGGGCGGCAUGCUGAACGCGUGCUCUGCCGCGCGCAGGAUCGAUCUGGGCCAGCAGGUCCAUGGCUACUCGAUCAAGUAUGGGGCUGAUACCAUCACGAGCAUGAGCAAUUCACUUUGUAGGAUGUACUGCAAGUCUGGAGACUUACAAUCUGGUCUGAGGGCCUUUAAGGGGACCCCUGACAAGAAUGUGAUCACCUGGACGACGAUGAUAUCGUCCUGCGCCGAAGACGAGAACUACCUGGAGCUUGGGCUGAGCUUGUUUCUCGAUAUGCUCGAGGGAGGGGUGACGCCGAAUGAGUUCACGUUGACCAGUGUCAUGAGCUUGUGUGGCGCGAGGCUGGAUAUGAAUCUCGGCAAGCAGGUCCAGGCUUUCUGCUACAAGGUUGGGUGUGAAGCGAAUCUUCCAGUGAAGAACUCCACAAUGUACCUCUAUCUCAGGAAGGGCGAAACGGACGAGGCUAUGCGGUUGUUUGAAGAGAUGGACAGCAGCAGUAUUAUCACGUGGAAUGCAAUGAUCUCCGGGUAUGCUCAAAUCAUGGACUCGGCAAAGGAUGACCUCCAUGCUCGUUCCAGAGGGUUCCAGGCACUCAAAUUGUUCCGUGAUCUCGUGAGGUCUGAAUUGAAGCCUGAUCUGUUCACCUUCUCAAGCAUCCUGUCAGUCUGCAGCGCCAUGAUGGCCUUGGAGCAGGGUGAGCAAAUCCACGCAACCACCAUAAAGACUGGAUGUCUGUCGGAUGUUGUUGUGAACAGCGCACUGGUAAACAUGUAUAACAAGUGCGGAUGCAUCGAGUGUGGGACCAAAGCCUUCGUCGAGAUGCCAACACGGACACCUGUCACUUGGACCUCUAUGAUUUCAGGGUACUCGCAGCAUGGCAGGUCCCGAGAUGCGAUACAGCUCUUUGAGGACAUGAUAUUAUCUGGCGCCAAACCAAACGAAAUCACAUUCGUAAGUUUGCUGUCAGCCUGCAGCUAUGCUGGUUUAGUAGAGGAGGCUGAGCGCUACUUUGACAUGAUGCGGAAUGAGUAUCAUAUAGAGCCUCUUGUGGACCAUUACGGGUGCAUGGUUGACAUGUUUGUGCGAUUGGGCCGGCUGGAUGAUGCAUUUUCCUUCAUCAAGAGAACAGGCUUUGAGCCGAAUGAGGCCAUCUGGUCUAGUUUGGUAGCUGGAUGUCGGAGUCACGGGAACAUGGAGCUUGCUUUCUACGCUGCUGAUAGGCUCCUUGAGCUCAAGCCGAAAGUGAUUGAAACAUAUGUCUUGCUGUUGAACAUGUACGUGUCUACUGGUAGAUGGCGUGACGUCGCUAGGGUGCGGAAACUGGCCAAACAUGAAGAUGUCGGGUUUCUCAGAGACCGUAGCUGGAUUGCAAUCAGAGACAAGGUGUAUUUCUUUAGAGCUGAUGACAUGACUCACCCUCAAGCUACCGAGUUGUAUCAAUUGUUGGAGAAUUUGCUGGAAAAGGCUAAGGCUGUAGGGUACGAACCGUACCAGAACGCUCCUGAGUUGUUAUCUGACAGCACGGAGGGCGAUGACGACAGGCCUGCUGCUGCUGCAGGUUCACUAAUAAAGCACCACAGUGAGAGGUUAGCUGUUGCACUGGGGCUGCUCAAAACACCUCCUGGUGCGACAGUCCGUGUGACCAAGAACAUCACCAUGUGCAGGGACUGCCACAGCUCUAUCAAAUACUUCUCAUUACUUGCAAACAGAGAGAUUGUUGUCCGGGACAGUAAACGGCUUCACAAGUUCAAGGAUGGUCGGUGCUCCUGUGGGGAUUUUGGUGCGCUCCUCCUGUGAUGCCGAAAAAUCUCAUGCGCACUGCGCUAUUCUAUUCUGAGAACAUGACAAUUUUUGCAUUGGAAACAGGUUUGACUUACUCUGAAGAACUUGUUUACUGCAAGGUACGUACCAAUGCCAUGAGAUGUCCGUUUGCUUGUAGAUUUUUGUAUGAAAGCAUGAUUUGUUCAGUCAGCAUUGGUGACAUAUGAGUAUAUAUGACCAUGCAUAAACCCAAUCAGAUUUCUGAGGUAUGCUCACAUCCUUAGCACUGUAGAACGGUGAAUAUUGUGUAACUGUUGUAAAUGCUGGCCAAUUAGGGUCAACUUUCAUUGUUUUAAUUCGCAAUGCUGACUCAAAUUUUAAAUUCUAUGGCCCAUAAUUUGAGUGGAAGCAUUGUGUACCA